AUGGCGAGCACAUUGACUGACGACAAGCGACCGCAAUUACAGCCUGUCUGCCAGAACUGCGGCACCUCCACUACGCCCUUGUGGCGCCGCGACGAGUUGGGCUCUGUGCUUUGCAACGCUUGCGGGCUAUUUCUCAAACUACAUGGCCGCCCACGUCCGAUAAGCCUGAAAACCGAUGUCAUCAAAAGUCGCAAUCGCGUCAAGACCGGCCAAGGCCCCAAGCGCAAGUCGGGCGGCGCGAUCGAUGGCAACAACCUGGGCGGAACCACCGAUGCGGGUAACGCCCUGGCCUCCAAUGCAUACCGUCGCGCUUCGCGAAAGAUGUCGCCAGGUCACUCGGAUCGUUCAAAUUCCCCGCUGUCGCGAACCGACACCCCCGGUUUUGGGUCGAUGCAGGCACAUAACUCGAACAUCGCACCUCAACACAUGUUUGAUCAAGUCACUGCCGGCCGUGAUGGCGGACUAGGCUCAUCCGGCCUUCCUGCGCUUCCUCUCCGGCAGCCGUCCCCGUCGGCUCUGGACCGUCAAUUGGAUUCACCACAAACAUAUGAGAGCCUCCUGGCAUUGAAUACCUCCCUGAAGACUCGCGUCAGUGAGCUGGAUCUCAUCAAUGAGCUUUUCCGUGGACGUGUCGCCGAGCUCGAGCAGAGCGACGCCAGCGCACGACGCUCGGAGAUGAUUGCGCGUGACUCCGAAGCUCGACUGCGCCGCAGUUUGGAGGAGACUCAGCGGCGCGAGGAAGAAUUGAAGCGUCGUGUCAGUGAGCUGGAGCAGCAGCUUGGUGCUAGCGCAUCGGUGGAAGCAGACAGCUCAGAGCCAUCGGCCAAGAGAAUCCGGCUGUCCGACAUGGUCGAGAAUUCCUCCGAGGAAUCACCAGCCCCACCUCAGACGCAAUCUCAGUCUCCCAAGAGCAGCUGA